UUCCGACAUUCCUAAAAGAAGGAGCAUCUCCAAGUUAACAGCUGUGUCAUAAUUAUUUGUGUGUAAACAGAAAUAAAUUGAGUUUCCGUUAAGUAUUAGAGGUUUAUUACAAUACCAUGGAUCCGGCUCUACUUAGGGAACGCGAAGCGUUCAAGAAAAGGGCUAUGGCCACUCCCACCGUGGAGAAAAAGCCAAAGACUGAGGCACCACCACCGCCCGCUAAAGAUGAUGCCAAAAAGAAAAUGCGUCCUCCGAGCGCUCCUAAAUUGGAUGCCAGCACGUAUAAGACUAUGUCUGGAAGUUCGCAAUAUCGGUUUGGUGUGCUAGCCAAGAUUGUAAAACAUAUGCGUACUCGACAUCAAGAUGGCGAUGACCAUCCUUUGACCAUUGAGGAAAUUUUGGAUGAAACUAAUCAACUGGACAUUGGUCAAUCUGUUAAAAAUUGGCUAGCCUCCGAAGCCCUCACAAAUAAUCCAAAAAUUGAGGCAACACCGGAUGGGCAUCGCUUUAGCUUCAAACCGGUAUAUAAAAUUAAGGAUGGCAAAAGUUUACUGCGCCUACUCAAGCAGCACGAAAAAAGUACUCAAAAAUCGUGCUUCUGAAAUCAUAUUCAUAGUUCGGCCAAUCGAUAAGAAAAAGAUAUUAUUUUACAAUGAUAGGACAGCAAAUUUUAUGGUUGAUGAGGAAUUUCAAAAGUUGUGGCGCUCAGCCACAGUGGAUGCCAUGGAUGAUGCCAAAAUUGAUGAAUAUCUUGAAAAACAAGGUAUCCGUUCCAUGCAAGAUCAUGGACCAAAGAAACCAGUACCAAAGCGUAAGAAGGCUGUAAGCAAGAAGCGACAGUUUAAGAAACCCAGAGAUAACGAACAUUUAGCUGAUGUUUUGGAAACGUAUGAGGACAACACUUUAACUCAGAAAGGUUCUAAUCCAACAUAAAUAGUUUUAAAUUUUUUUAUAACAACAAUUUGACUAAAAUAAUUUGAUAUCGAUAUUAACUCAGAAAGGUGUUAAUCCAACAUAAAUAGUUUUAAAUUUUUUUAUAACAAUUUGACUAAAAUAAUUUGGUAUCGAUAUUAUAACAAGUUUGUACAUUUCUGGCCUUUGGAAAAAGCUUCACCAAUGGGUACUAAUUAGUUAAAAUAUUAUUUGAAAAAAAAA